CGCUUGGCUCGACUUCCUGCUCUCAAUAAUCUUACAUAUUCUGACAAUACCUCAUGAGUGGCCUCGAAAUCGCAGGUGUCCUCCUCGGAGCUUUUCCCCUGAUCAUUUCCGGUCUCGAGCACUGGCGCGACGUAGCUAAGGUCGGUGGUUUCUUCUGGCGAAUACGCAAUGAGUACAAAGCUUGUCGCAGAGAAGUCCAAUUUCAUGAGAUAUUGUACAAACGAAACUUAAGAGAACUUCUUCUCCCUAUCACAGACGAUGCAGUCCAGGUGACUUGUUUGAUAAGUGACCCUGGCGGCAAAGGUUGGGGCAGCGAGGUCUUGCAGGAGCGAUUGAAGGGACGGCUUCUGGAGUCGUAUAACUUGUACAUGGAGAUAAUUUGUGAGAUGAACAGAACGGUCGAAGAGUUGAGGGAAGAGCUAGCACUUGACAAGACGACUGUCCAAGGCAAAUUAGGUCUACCCAACGCGACGAAGCAGCGCACGCCGUCGAGCCCGCAGGCUCAUGGCAAGACUUCUAAACUCGAAUCAGCAAAAGUAAAGUGGGACUUUGAGAAGUUCCGGCUCAAAUUUAGCUUCAAUGAGCCAGUCAGACACGAAAUCUUCGAACGAUUGAAAGAGUGUAACGGACGCCUAGAACAACUUCUCAGCACGAGUGACAAAAUCCUUGCACUCGAGAACGCCGCUCUCCCGGAUACGAAACAUACUUCUGCUCUAGAAACGGUGGUUCAUAAGGUGCGGAAGAAGUCAGAUGUCCUCUUCAAUGCCAUACAAGCUGCGUGGCAGUGCUCUUGUCAACAGUACCAUUUCGCCAACCUCCGGCUAGAGCACCACACACUUCCGGAUAUAUCGUUCGAAGUCAUUUUUACGUUCAUCACUCCAUCCCCUCAAGUGGAUGUUUUAUGGUCUUGGAGGGAGUUACAGUGUGAACAAAUGAUCAAUUGUUCGUUUUCUCAAACUCGCAACACACCUCCAACUAUAUCUGAGCCAUGCCAACCCUCAUCAAAUCACACUCCGGUGCAACGACAAUCACCCAGACCAGCAAAACAAAAGACAGUCACCCUUAUCACAUCUACACAUACAAUCCCAAAGCUCGAACUGGACAUCUUAGUCGAUCCAAACAUCGAGCUCUGUCAACUUUUGGGAAAUGAGGAGCAGAGCAAAUGUAUGGGCGUUAUCCGUCGGGACGAUGCAAUGUACCACCUCCACCCAAUCUCGAAGAGAAAACGACCGGAUGAUGACAGACCAUUGACCCUGAAUCAUAUUCUCUCAAGAAACUUCGAUGGACACCUUACCCGACGCCAACGCUACUCUGUCGCCCUGCUUCUCGCAUCUUCUGUUGCUCAACUUCAAUUCACCCCAUGGCUUCAAAAGAGCCUCACAAAAGACGACGUUCUCUUUUUUCCGUCUUUAGAUGACGAGGAUAAUAUACCACACCAAGAGCCUUUCCUUCGUCAAGGCUUCUCACCUCAACAUUCCACAACCACGAGCACCAAAGCUAACGACUGUGACUUCAUCUCACUUGGCAUCCUCUUGUUAGAGCUCUGCUUCGGCCAACGACUAGAGGAUCACCCUCUCCGCAAGAAAUACGCAGUUGAAGUCGAAGGGUCCAAGGACGCCUUUGAUCUUAUGGCUGCCCUCAAGUGGUGCCAAAGCGUUACUGAUGAAGGUGGCGAUGACUAUGCUUCUGCCGUGAAGUGGUGCUUCGUCGCGGGGGCAAGGGCCGGUAAUGACUCAUGGCGGAUGCUCGGAUCCUCUUCGCGGUCUGGUCGUUUGAUGACGUACCAGGCUGCGAACCCUGCAAAGAACACCAUGUUUGCGCGAUAAGUAUAGCGCAGAAGCGUUUUGAGGCGCGCGUUUGGUGGAGGGUUCAUACUAUGUCGUUUGAAACGAAAAUGGGAGGUAGCUGGGCUUUCUCAAAAUUGGUGUUUAGAAGUUGG